AUUCAACCAAUUAUGGCGGACGAAGCCAAAGCUAGAGGAAACGCCGCUUUCUCUUCCGGUGACUUCACCUCCGCGAUACGUCACUUCACCGAAGCCAUCGAUCUUGCUCCAACCAAUCACGUACUCUUCUCCAACCGUUCCGCUGCUCACGCGUCGCUUCACCACUACGCCGAUGCUCUCUCCGACGCUGAGAAGACCGUCGAACUCAAACCUGAUUGGCCCAAGGGUUACAGCCGUCUCGGCGCUGCUCACUUGGGUUUAAACCAGUUCCAGGAAGCCGUCGCUGCUUAUAACAAGGGCCUAGAGAUCGAUCCGAGCAACGAGGCGUUAAAAUCGGGAUUAGCCGAUGCUCAGGCGUCUGCUUCGAGGUCACGAGCUGGGCCUUCGACGCCCAAUCCUUUUGGCGAUGCUUUCAAGGGUCCGGAGAUGUGGACGAAGCUUACGGCGGAUCCUUCGACCAGAGGAUUUCUACAGCAGCCUGAUUUCGUUAACAUGAUGCAGGACAUCCAGAAGAACCCUAGCAAUCUCAAUUUGUAUUUCAAAGACCAGAGAGUGAUCCAAUCGCUUGGAGUUCUAUUGAAUGUUAAGUUCCGGCCUCCUGCAGGAGACGAGGCGGAGGUUCCUGAUUCCGAUAUGCCACAGGCUCCUAGGGAAGAGCCGGAGGUUGUGAAGAAGCGUGAACCGGAGCCUGAACCGGAGCCGGAGGUAACUGAGGAGAACGAGAAGAAAGAGAGGAAGCAGCAAGCCAAAAACGAGAAAGAGCUGGGGACGGCUGCUUACAAGAAGAGAGACUUCGAAACUGCCAUCCAGCAUUACUCUACAGCCAUGGAGAUUGACGAUGAAGACAUCUCAUAUAUCACAAAUCGUGCCGCUGUUUAUCUUGAAACGGGAAAGUACAAUGAGUGCAUUGAGGAUUGUGACAAGGCAGUGGAAAGGGGUAGAGAGCUUAGAUCAGAUUACAGGAUGGUAGCUAGAGCUUUGACUAGGAAAGGGACUGCGAUGACCAAGUUGGCGAAAUGCUCAAAAGACUAUGAACCUGCAAUUGAAGCUUUCCAGAAAGCUCUUACAGAGCACCGUAACCCUGAGACAUUGAAGAAGCUGAACGAGGCAGAAAGAGCUAAGAAAGAGUGGGAGCAGAAGGAGUAUUUUGACCCUAAGAUCGGGGAUGAGGAGCGUGAAAAAGGUAAUGAGUUCUUCAAGGAGCAGAAGUAUCCUGACGCUAUAAAACAUUACACUGAAGCAAUCAAAAGGAACCCAAACGACCCGAAAGCAUAUAGCAACAGAGCUGCUUGUUACACUAAGCUUGGUGCGAUGCCUGAAGGACUAAAGGAUGCGAAAAAAUGUAUUGAGAUCGAUCCAACGUUCUCUAAAGGAUACAGCAGAAAAGCUGCAGUCGAAUUCUUCUUGAAAGAGUAUGACAACGCGAUGGAAACAUAUCAAGAAGGUCUCAAGCAUGAUCCUAACAAUCAGGAACUUCUUGACGGUGUUAGAAGAUGUGUACAACAAAUAAACAAGGCUAAUCGUGGAGACCUUACUCCUGAUGAAUUGAAAGAGAGACAGGCAAAGGGGAUGCAAGACCCAGAAGUCCAGAACAUCCUCACAGAUCCUGUGAUGAGACAGGUACUGAGUGAUCUUCAGGAGAAUCCGGUGUCAGCACAGAAACACAUGCAAAACCCAAUGAUUAUGAACAAGAUUCAAAAGCUUAUUAACGCGGGAAUCGUCCAGAUGAAAUAA